AUGCAUUUAACGAUAUUGUUUGCGCCAAACGAAGCCGUGGGACACGUGAACGCCUGCAUAGGUAUGGCUGAAGUACUGCUGAGUCGGGGCCACAAAAUAGUCUUUGCUGUCGACCAGUCAUUUGCGGGAAAGUUAUCGCCGUUUGGUUUCAUUGAAGAGAUAUUCACUUCAGAGAAAACAAGUGCUCAAAAGCCGGGAGAAAAUACAGCCAAAUAUGUACUCGAGUCGGGAAUCCUAUCAAACGUAACGUCGAGUGAAUCCAUGAAAAUAAUGCACACUUUGAGCUUCUUUGAGGAUUUGGUGGACAAAAUGCGAGCCAAUGGACCGCAGCUUAAGGCGAUUGUAGCCAAACAUAAUCCCGAUGUGUAUAUCAUCGACGACUUCGCCGCUCCGCCGACACUAAUCCACUCAACCAAACCCUGGGUUUUUCUCUAUAGCGGGAAUCCAUUGUCGGUAAUCGAGGACGAGAGGACACCACCGGGCAAUUCGGGCUAUGCUUCAAAUGGUGACCGACAAGAAUGGCAUGAAUUCAUUGAAUUAUCAAAAGAAAAGUUUAAACAUUUAAACAUUAAAUACAAUGAAUGGAUGAAAGAAGAGGGAUAUCCUCUCAACACUGGAAAUACAGGCAUUUCAGACUCGCCUUAUCUUAAUAUCUAUGGAUAUCCCGAAGAAUUGGAUUAUUUAGAUCUCAGACCACUUCCGGAGAAGUGGUUAAGAGUCGACGCAUUCAUGAGAAGAGGAGAGAAACAAGAGUUUAAAAUUCCCGAUAAAUUUCGGGAAAGAGAUGUCGAGAAAAGUAAACUAAUUUAUUUCUCAUUGGGUUCUAUGGGUUCAGCAAAUGUGGAUCUCAUGAAGAGAUUGGUGUCUAUUCUCAGCAAAAGUCAGCACAAGAUUAUUGUCUCGAAGGGAGUCUUCGGAGACACAUAUGAAUUGGCGGCCAAUAUGUGGGGCGAGCCGUCAGUCCCGCAGACAAAAGUGUUGCCAUUAGUAGAUGUGGUCAUAACACACGGCGGGAACAACACUAUCACCGAAACAUUCAGUUGCGGUAAACCAAUGAUUGUAAUGCCAUUGUUUAGCGAUCAAUACGAUAACGCACAGAGAGUUAUGGAAAAGGGAUUUGGGAUUAGACUUAAUCCGCACACCGUUUCAGAGCAGCAAUUAUUGGAUUCAAUUGAAAAGUUAUUGCAUGACAAGGAAUUGAAACACAAAUUAUCUGUCGCUUCGAAACACAUGGCAGAAGAGAUAAAGCACAUGAAGACAUCAGAUGUUACCGCAGAUGACAGCUAUGAAGACAACAAACAAAAGCCACAAAUGUAUGCGAAGGACUCAAUGGACAGAUUCGGUGAUGAUUUGUGUCAACUCUUGUUAUCAUAUCUGACACUCGAAGACCGUUUUGCCACCGAAUGUGUGUCCAAACAGUUCCGGAGGACUGUCUUCGAGAGUGUUGUGGACAUCACUCUCGACGACAAACUCAUCUGCAAAACACAGCCGAAGUCGUCGAUCAAAGAUAUUUAUUAUAUGAUUACUUUAAGCCUAAGAAUUGCCAAAAAGUGUCCAAACAUUGCGACCAUUGACUGCCGAGGAAUGACAUUAUCUUACAAAUACGUUGACGAAGUGUUGGCCAUAUUUCAAGACAAUUGCCGGCAUUUGCGGGACAUUUACUGCAAUUGUUUUCCCUCUCAAUUGUGCCAAUCGUUCGGAUCUCUUAUGACACGAAUCUAUUGUAUGGACCCAUUGAAGAGACAAUCACUCAUUCAUUGCCACCGAUUGUCUGAAUUACAUGCCCUCGAGUUGUCCGACGCCUUCGACAACACUUCCGGACAGUUAUUGGCGAAGAAUUUACACACAUUUUCAUAUACUUGGACUUCAAAUGAUAAUAACCAACAGUUGUCCGCAUUUGUGGCACACAAUCAGUCGCUUAAAAGUCUUGGCCUAAGAACUGACGAAACAGAUACUAACGAUACGCUGACCGAAAUGUGCGGACAAUUGUCACGAUUAACGCAAUUACGGGAAUUGUCGGUACAUUUCAUGCUAACGAGUGCUCACAACUCAUUGAACGCAUGUUUGCGUACAAUUGGCCAAAACUGCAAACAAUUGCGCCGAUUGUCACUCGCGUUGCACUCAACUGAUCCCCAACUCUAUGGCAAUACAAUGGAUUCAUUGAGAGUUUUUUCCCGAUUAAAACGAUUGGAUUUAUUAAUAUUCAAACCUAUGGACGAGAAACUGUUGGAACCGUUAAAACUCUGCCAACGAUUAACGCAUUUAACACUCAAUACAAUGCAAAUGAGUGAUAAAUUACUGGAUAAUUGCGGUAACCAUUGGCCGCGACUUCAAUACCUAACCAUCAGAUCCGAUGCAAUCACUGGCGAGUGUUUGGUUCAUAUCUCGAGACUACCGGCGCUGCAGACACUAGACAUUGAAUGCAAUCAUAGCAUUGAUCUCUUGGAUAAUGAUUUCUGGGAUCUGUUGUCCAGAAGUCCUAAACUAAAGAACAUUAAAAUCAGUGGAAAUAAUGAGAAGAAGUUUUAUUUAAAUUAA